GUGAACCUCAGACAAGAAGGACAGGACAGAUGAUCAUUCAUGUUCCUGUGUUCGAUAAUGCAAAAUUCGAUCCACUGUAGAAAUAUGUUCAAGUUCGAGUUUCUGUUUUUGAUUUUGAUCCCGACGCUACUAUCCGUGGCUUUCUCCAAGCAUGAAGCUAUAGAAGCUUUGCUCCAGCGCUUGGACUCCAAACGGGUCCCAGCUUCAGUGCAAGAAGCUGCAGCUAGAGAUCUUCUGAGAAGACUGCUUCCUUCCCAUUUAUCCAGUUUUGAGUUCAAAAUAAUCUCUAAGGAUGCUUGUGGGGGGGAGAGUUGCUUUCGGAUCAACAAUCACGACCAGUCUAUCCAGACUGGGCCUGGGAUCACGAUUAAAGGAACCACUGCAGUUGAAAUUGCAUCUGGCCUUCAUUGGUAUCUAAAAUAUUGGUGUGGUGCUCAUGUUUCAUGGGACAAGACUGGUGGCAUUCAGAUAGCUUCAAUCCCUAAGCCUGGGUCACUACCCCCUCUGAAAGAUGAGGGUCUGAUGAUUAAACGCCCAGUUCCAUGGAAUUAUUACCAGAAUGUUGUGACAUCUAGCUAUUCCUAUGUUUGGUGGGACUGGGAGAGGUGGGAGAAAGAGAUAGACUGGAUGGCACUUCAGGGAGUAAACCUACCCUUAGCAUUUACUGGGCAGGAAGCAAUCUGGCAAAAAACUUUUAAGGGUUUUAAUAUUAGUUCCGAAGAUUUAAAUAACUUUUUUGGUGGACCUGCUUUCCUUGCUUGGGCUCGCAUGGGCAAUAUGCAUGGGUGGGGUGGGCCUUUAUCACAAAAUUGGCUAGAUCAACAGUUGACCUUACAAAAAAAGAUAGUCUCUCGAAUGCUAGAUUUGGGCAUGACUCCAGUGUUGCCAUCAUUCUCUGGUAAUGUUCCAGCAGCUUUGACGAAGAUAUAUCCCUCAGCAAAAAUAACAAGACUUGGUGACUGGAACACUGUGGAUGGUGACCCUCGCUGGUGUUGUACUUACCUUCUUGAUCCCUCUGAUCCUCUAUUUGUUAAAAUUGGUGAAGCUUUUAUCAGGCAACAAAUCAAAGAAUAUGGAGAUGUAACAGACAUCUACAACUGUGAUACGUUUAAUGAGAACUCUCCACCAACCAGUAAUCCAGAAUAUAUCUCAGAUCUUGGAGCUGCUGUAUAUGAAGCAAUGUCCAAAGCUGAUAAGGAUGCUAUAUGGUUAAUGCAAGGCUGGCUUUUCUACUCUGAUUCAGCCUUCUGGAAGCCUCCUCAAAUGAAAGCACUUUUACAUUCCGUUCCAUUUGGGAAGAUGAUUGUUCUUGAUCUAUUUGCUGAUGUCAAACCAAUAUGGAAAUCUUCAUUUCAGUUUUACGGUACUCCUUAUAUCUGGUGUUUGUUACAUAAUUUUGGUGGUAAUAUUGAAAUGUAUGGCAUUUUGGAUUCAAUAUCUUCGGGACCUGUUGAUGCUCGUGUCAGUGACAAUUCAACCAUGGUAGGAGUUGGUAUGUGCAUGGAAGGAAUAGAGCAGAACCCUGUUGUCUAUGAGCUGAUGUCAGAGAUGGCAUUUCGUGAUGAUAAAGUUCAAAUUCUGGAUUGGCUCAAGAGCUAUUCCCAGAGAAGAUAUGGUAAAGCAAAUAAUCAAAUUGACGCAGCUUGGGAGAUUCUUUAUCGUACAGUUUACAAUUGUACUGAUGGAAUUGCUGACCAUAACCAUGAUUUUAUUGUAAUGCUUCCUGACUGGGACCCUUCAAAUCUCCGGAAGAUUGAUUUCUUACCCCUUGGAAAUAGAAGAUUCUUGUCCCAGGAAACAAAGUCUGAUAUGCCGCAGGCUCAUUUGUGGUAUCCUACUGAAGAGGACCAAGCUUUGAAACUAUUCCUCGGUGCAGGGACGGAUUAUGCUGGAAGCCUCACAUACAGGUAA